AUGUCCUCUUUCUUAGACCACAGGUUGAUUAGGACUGCGGCGGUGGAGCGGGUGGUCGCACCAAUCGCAAGUCAUUUAUGCCACUUGGUGCUGCUGUGUGACAGCGCAGAGGAACCUGAACAGCUCAGCCACCUGGAGGAGGCAGCUCAGGCUGUGGCUAAAGCUACCGAGAACAUGGCAGCGGUGGCCUCCAGGCAGAUAAGUAAGACAGAGGAUGAGAUUUUGCACAUGGAGAUGUCAUCCCUGUUGGAGCCAGUCGCGGUGUCUGGACAGCAUGUGCUGCUGGCAGCCCAGAAACUCAGCAUCCAGCCCAGUUUGGCUGAACACAGAGAGGAGCUCAUCGCUGCUACACAAAGCGUCUUCCUGGGAGUAGUCAAAGUUCUGUUAGUGGACGACGAUGCUACAGUCAGGAGGGUUGUAGCUGCUGCUGAUCGGGUUUUGGAGUGCCUCUGUGAGCUUGGCUCCGCCUCAGACAUCAAGUCUCUGCUCAGAUCUUUCCAGGUGUUUUCUGAGGCUCUGUUUCUCCUCAACAGCCUGACAGUGGAGAGAGCAGAUUCCUUACAGGAUCCCAGACAAUCAAAAGAACUUCUUGAUUCACUGGAGACCCUGAGGAAGUGCAUCUCCAUGCUGCACACGGCCAUGUGCACAACCAUCAAACACCCUACAAGUGAGCAGGCACAAGCUGCCAAGAGGUACAUUCUGGACAAGGUGCAGAGUACAGUGAGUGACAUUAUUAUAACCCUGAAAAGUGAACGCCACAGAGGUUCACCGGGCCCUGUUGGCAAACUCUUCUCGUAG